AUGAUUGUGUAUGGCAAAGCGUGCCAUCUUCCGGUGGAGUUAGAACAUAGAGCUUUAUGGGCAUUGAAAACUGUUAGCCUCGACCUUACCGAAGCCGCAAGAAGGAGGUUCUUCCAAAUCCAUGAAUUGGAGGCUUUAAGGGAUGCCGCCUAUGAACGAUCUUGGAGUAUCAAGGAAAAGACUAAGGCAUUGCAUGAUAGGAGGUUGCGAGGGUUGAAGGAAUUUAAGGUAGGUGAUAUAGUGCUUUUAUUCAAUUCAAGAUUGAAAUUAAUAGCGGGGAAGUUGAAAUCGAGAUGGACCGGACCGUAUGUGGUAAAGGAGGUGUUUCCAUACGAUACCGUCGAGUUAUAUGACGAAGCCGAUAAAGGUGUGUGGAAGGUAAAUGGUCAUCGAUUGAAACACUACUUGGGAGAUCCCAUUGAUACGACCGAGGAGGAAGAAAUUCCUCUAGAGGACCCACCCACCUUCACCGAACAAUGA